UAUAGGGUUGAUUUCGUGAUGAUGAAGAAGUCUAUUCGGAUCUAAAAGGGGUAUAAUGAGUCAACAGUUCAACGGUCAAUAAAAUUGGUUUUAAUGCGUAAGUUGGGGAGACUUGGUCUAUUUUCUUAAUCUAGCUUACUUCGACUUUGUCCUUUUUUUUAGUGUCCGGUAGUGAUCAAGUCUGGAACUUUUGAUUGGUUCAUCAAAAUGUGACGUCAAAUACCAACGAAAAUUUUGUCCAUUAACCCAUAUUCCCAUGUUUCAAAAUUGUUGCUCUUUUUUACAAAGGUUUUCAAAUUGAUUAGAUUACCAAUAUUGAGUAGGAUUAAUGAUGAUUUGAUAACUUGAAAAGUUAAUUUGGGGCUAAUAGUUUGAAACAUAGAGAUUAAAAACACUUUUUCUUACAUGUGAGUGUUAUAUUAUUGCAUGACGGUGUGACAUAUCAAAUGAAGUUACUAACGAAGUAAUGAUACAUGAAUGGCAUGGGAUUAUUGACUUUACAGUUUUCUUAUUUUAAGAUUAAGAUAUCUAACUCUUUUAUUUCUUACGGAGUAGUAUUUUUAAAGAUUUAAACUUCGUUUUAUUUUAUUUUUUUAUGUAAAGAUUUCAUAAAGUACUAGUAGUGGUGUACGUAUUUUAAGAUAGUUUUGGUUUACUUUACGUAAUGCGUAAAUUAGGUUGUUGGUACAAUGAGAUUACCACCAAUGAAUCAAUGAGGUUACGAGCAAAGAUAUACUCCCUCCAUUCCUUUUUGUUCUUCCCAUUUCCGUUUUUAGCAUUUCUUUUUGUUCUUCCCCUACUGAAUCUUUACUAUUUUUGGCCAUAGUUUUUUUACCAAUUUACCCUAAGAUUCCCCACUAUUUACCAAAAAUACCCUAAGAUUCUACCCUUUCCCACCCACUUUUACCCCACCCACCUUAUUUAAUUAUUUAACCUAACCCCACCCCCCCUCCCUUUAUUACCCGUCCCUUUCUCACUUUUCACUCUCAUCCCUCAUUCUGAUUUCUCUCUCUCACCUCUUCGGAUCUCUCUCUCUCUCUCUCUUAUUUCACUCUCUCUCUCUCUUAAAAUCCCUCCCCUGUUCUUGAGAAAACCCUAGGUUUUCCGCCUCUGAUCUGGGUUUUCCUCUCCAAAUCUCACAAAUCUGAAACGUUUUCGCCGAAAAACUUUCAUAAAAAUCACUCGGAUUCAUUUUCCGAUCAGAUCCCCUCUAUUUUUGUCCCCUUUUUGGUCCCUAAUCGUCGCUGAUCUUUGUUUUUCUGGUACGUUAUGGGUUCUUCUUUGUCUAGAACUCGAGGUGAUUCUGGGGUGGGAACUUCUGGUCAAAGAAUCCCCGAUUCCAACUGUGAUUGGGGAUCCAAGUGCAACUGUCCCAAUAACGAGCAUUCCUACUCCGCCGAAUAUAAAAACAAUCUGUAUUUGGCCCAAAAAGAAAAUACGAGUACUCGAAACUAUUUGGAAGAAUGGUUUCGGAAGAGGGAAGUGGAGCCAGGAGAGGAGGUUGAGUCAAAAUAUGACGAUCGGAAACCCACUCCCUCAGAUCUGCGUUUUUUCGGUGAAGGAGAUUCCGAUGAGGAACCAAGUGGGUCUGAUUCAUUUGAUCUGGUGUAUGUUGGAGAGUGUGAAAAUGAGAAUGGUGAUGCUGUUGGGUCUCCAGGACAACUUUCAUCUGGUUAUCCCUCCUCAAAGAAAGGAGAAAAGGGGAAAAAAUCGGCUUCAGCAUCUGAUGAUGCUUAGAUAAGUCUGUCUCCUUUCUUCCUUUUUUCAUUUUAUUGAAUGCUGGCUAGCUGUGGAGUCAUAAGGUGGAUGCCAACAAUUGUGAUCUGUUGUUGGCCAGGGGUGUUGUUGUUUGGAUGAUGAUGUUGUGAUUAGUUGUAUGGAUGUUGAUGUUAGAUAAUGAUGUUAUGAUAUUGAUAUUGAUAAUGAUGAUUGGAUGAUGGUGUUUCCAUAUGGUUAUGAAAUUUUGUGGAAUGUUGUCUGUGUGAUGAACAUGAUUUGAUGGCUUAAUGUCCCCUGUUUUAUAGUAUGUUUUGUGUAUGAUAAAUAUGAUGCUUUGGUGAGUAUGAGAUUUGAUCAGUAUAACUAUAUUUUGGAUUAGUAAAGGCAUGAAAUGAAUAUAAUUUGGGGAUAGGGUUUGAGUUAUUUCAGUCCUCUCAGUGUGACCUGGUGUUGAAUGCUUAAUGUCCAAGCAUGUCCAUUUAGGAUACAGUAAUGUCCCUUUAUUUAUUGUGAUCGAUGAUGAGUCUUUUUAAUGCUGAGGAACAAGUCUUACUAACCACAAAUGCUCGUGCUGCCAUUAGUAUCAAUAAUGAUAUUUCUCGGGCGCUAAGUGUUUGUGGUUUGGAGUUGUUUUAAUGAUGCUUGGGGACAUUCUGAUAUCAAUAUUAGGAGGUUUGUGAUCUUCAAUGAUGUGAUUGUUGAUAUUCUGAGAUCUUUGUUUUGAUAAUUGUCCUUUAACUUCUUUUGUCCAACGGAGUGAAUGUCAUUUCACACAAUGAAAUGUGAAUAUCAAUCAUUCCGUUGGGCAGAAGAAUGUUAAAGAUAUGAUAGUAUUGAAACUACUUGAUCAAUGAUGUGUGUCAAUAUGUCUGAGAAAUGAAACCCUACAUGUUAAUGAUCUGUUUAAUGCUUCAUGUCCCAUGAAUCAGUGGAGGUCUGUGAUGAGUCUUUCAUUUGAUGAGGUUCAAACCCUAUGUUUUGAUCAGUUCAUGGUGAUCUGAUGCAUUGUUGAUUGUUAUUGUUAUGCUUGAUCUGUGAUGAGUCUUUCAUUUGCUGAGACUAAAACCCAAUGUUCCAAUAACACUUGUGCACCAUUAGCAUCAUUGAUGCUCUUCCGGAGCUAAGUGUUAGGGGAUAGGGUUUGUGUCAAUGAUGCUUGGGGACAUUCUGAGAUCUUAUGUCAUGUUAGACAGGAGAGACAAUUCAUGUCUUGCAAAACAUGUAUAAUGUGUUUCUGAUAUUCAAUGAUGUAAGUGUUGAUAUUUUGUGAUGUAUGUGUUGAUAACCUGAGAUAUUUGAUUCUAAACAUGUCCUUCAUCACCAAUUACCAAAGGGAAUACAGAUCAUGUCACAUCAUUGAUUGAUCUAGUAUCCCCUUUGGUGAAUUGGUGGUGAGGUUGUAAAUCAUUUAGAAACAAAUCUGUCAAUGAUGUAAAACAACUUAACUGAGAUUCAAUGAUGUUCCCUUGUUCAUUGCUUCCUUGUUUUUGCUGCUUUGUUCUUGUUUCCUUGUCCAUUACAUCUUUUGGCACAUCGGCAUCCAAUUGGGAAGAAUUU